UCGACUUUGAUAUGUGGUGAAAGGAAGGUUAAGGCUUGUAUUUCGCUGGAUGGAAAGUGAAUGUGAGAACAGACACACACGACUGAACGAUAUACGAUGGUGGCUAUGAUGUCUUUGGCUGGGGAAUGCGAGGGGGGAACCGUGGGAGCAGUGGCCUAUGUUUUAUACUGGGGCGCCGAUUGGGUUGUCGGUGAUGGCGGCGGUGCCGGAGAGUGGAUUGGUGUAUCCGCUGCUGGGGAGGCCGCAUGAUAGUCUAAGUACACAGGUUACCUUUCCAACAUAUGAAGGCUCUAACUAUGACGCUUCGACGACGAACCUUACGUAUAGCAUACAAGGGAGAGUCAAAGACGAGAAAGCGCGUGUCAUUCUAUCCUUCAUCUCGCCGAUAACACCGACCUCAGCAUUCAGACAGUCCAUGCCAGCAUCCUACAUCAAGAUCUACGUCGAGGGAAACUUUGACCUGUCUAUCUACGUAGACAUCAACGGGCAAUGGAUCAGCGGCGACGACGAGAGCAGAAUCCAAUGGGAGUUCUCCCCACCCCAAGGCCAAGACCUCGGAUCCCCGCCCCUCAAGACCUGGAAAAUCCGCAGAUCAGAGGAGGAGCAAUUGAAAGAGAAGAAUGACCGCGCGGAAUGGGGAACUCUAUAUUUCACGGGACCGGCGGAGGCGAAUCAUGAAUCCGGAAGUGCUUUUAACAUGAGGAACCGGUUUAAGAAUACGGGUGCGCUGCGAAAUGCUACGGAUGGCAAUUUUCGGAAUAUCAAUCAGGAUGAGCCGGUGUUUGCGUUUUCCAAGGAUUUUAAGCUCAAGGGCGGUUUGUCAAAGUCGAAGGAGUUGUCGCGGGAUAGUAUAUUGUUUACGAUAGCGCAUAUACAGGAUCCUGUUGUUCAGUUCGCGGCGGCAAGAGGGUUAACGCUGAUGAGGCCGUUGUGGGCAUCGUGGUUUGAAACGGCUGAUUUGAUGAUCAGUCACCACUAUUUGGACUUUGAGAAGUCAUCCAAACUAGCUGGGGAGUACUCUGAGCAGUUGGCAGUAGAUGCCCUCAAAUCUGGAUCAGAGGAUUACAAAGACAUCGUUGAUCUCUCAGCGCGACAGGUCAUGGGCGCCACAAGCUUUUCGGGGACCUCUGAGAACCCCCUGAUUUUCCUCAAAGAGAUCUCUUCAAAUGGGGACUUCCAAACCGUUGAUGUUAUUUUCCCAGCCUUCCCGUUCUUCCUAUAUACGAAUCCGAGAUGGCUGGCACACUUGCUGGAGCCGCUGCUCGAGCACCAGUUGAGCGGCCAGUAUCCGAAUAAGUAUAGCAUGCAUGAUAUUGGCACUUUCCCAAUCGGGAAGGGGUACGCGGAUGGGAAUGAUGAGUAUAUGCCGCUGGAGGAAUGCGGGAAUAUGCUGAUUAUGGGGCUUGCGUUGGUGGAUUCCUUGGGUGGGACUUCAAAUCCUCUUGGCCCACUCGGGUCGUUGAGUGAUCACGCUGAUGUCGCCUCUGGAGGUGUAUUCCCGUUGAAUUCUCGCAUUGACAGUAUUGAUAGUGCGUGGGGAGGUACUAGAGACAAGAAGCAGGUUCAGAGUUGGUUGAAGAAGUCAUACAGGCUGUGGAAACAAUGGACGGGAUAUCUCGUCGAGGAAGCAUUGAUCCCAGUGAACCAACUCUCAACUGACGAUUUCGCCGGCUGGCUCGCCAACCAGACGAACUUGGCUCUGAAGGGCAUCAAUGGGAUCAGAGCUAUGAGUGGGCUCUCGGAAGCUCUUGGUGAGAACAAAGAUGCGGCGUAUUACCGGGAGGUAUCAGAAGAUUAUAUCGAGAAAUGGCAAGAUUACGGGUUUUCUAAAGACGGCACACAUGCCAAGAUUUCGUACACUUGGUACGGCUCCUGGACGACGAUUUACAACCUCUUCGCGGACUCGCUUUUGUGCUUCCACUUGCCGGAUACAACUAGCUCUCCAAUAGGUUCGAGCCAGUCGGACACUCAAAAGCCUAUUGGACAUGAUCGGAAGGGGAAAUCGAGAACUGCUUUCAUCGAUGAGAAGAUUUAUAAGAUGCAAAGCGAUUGGUAUCACAAUGUGAAGCAGAAAUAUGGCCUCCCACUCGACAGCAGACACCUCUAUACCAAGAGCGACUGACAGUUCUUUGCUGCGGCCGUUGCGAGCAAGAAAGUCAGGAUGGAGAUCGUGGAGAGUGUAGCGUUGUGGGUUAAUGAGACUGUUACAGGCAUGUAUAUGCUUUUGGACACUCUUGACUAAGUGCUAAUGGAUAUCAUAGACCGACCACUCACGGACCUUUAUGAAACCGAAGGAGAGGGGGACUUCCCGGGACCGCAUUUCUUUGCGAGGCCGGUGGUUGGUGGGCAUUUUGCAUUUUUAGCUUUGGAGAGGGCUUGUGAUGGGAAGGCUGUUGAGGGACUGGACUUCUUGAAUGAAGUGGAUGUUGAUGUGGAAGAUCGGGAAGAACCAGUGUUGCCACAGGUUGACGAGCUCUGAUUGGUCGUCUCAUUGUUUACACAUAGCCUUUGCUUUGAAAGGAAUUAGGAAUAUUUUACCCAUAUUUUAA